AUGUCUGGUGAUGAUACAAAAACUGACACUUCUGUUGUUGCAUCUCGUCCUGAUUGGCGUAGUGAUGAGUUGAAUGCCAUGUUUGACUUUCUUGACAAUCUUGCCAGAGAUGACUUGGGAAAAAGAGCAACGCAGUUGAAGUUGCGGAGUCAUGUGUUGAUACACAAGACAAUUCCUUGUGGCUUGGUUACAAAAAUGCCUGCGUGGUCAAAACGCGUAUAA